AUGCCCACGCUGCCACCGGUGCCUGCAGCCCCCCCCGUGCCCACGGUGACGCCCCGUGCCCUCGAUGAUACCUGUGGCCACGGUGACCCCCAUGCUGGCGGUGACCUCCAUGCCCAUGGUAAUGCCCGUGCCCGCGGCGAGGGCCGUGCCGCCGGCGGUGCCGGACAGCCAGCGCGGCUGUGCCAGCGCGCCCACGGGGUCCCGCGCCCGCAGGUCGGACGGGAAUACUCGCCCGCUGCCACCACCUCCGAGAAUGGCGGCGGCAAGAGGAAGCAGAAGGAGAAGGAGCUGGAUGAGCUGAAGAAGGAGGUCAACCUGGAUGACCACAAGCUGUCCCUGGAUGAGCUGGGCAGGAAGUACCAGGUGGACCUGUCCCGGGGCCUGACCAACGCGCGGGCGGCCGAGAUCCUGGCGCAGGACGGUCCCAACGCCCUCACGCCGCCCCCCACCACCCCCGAGUGGGUCAAGUUCUGCCGACAGCUCUUUGGGGGCUUCUCCAUCCUGCUGUGGAUCGGCGCCAUCCUCUGCUUCCUGGCCUAUGGCAUCCAGGCUGCCAUGGAGGACGAGCCGUCCAAUGACAAUCUGUACCUGGGGGUGGUGCUGGCCGCCGUCGUCAUCGUCACCGGCUGCUUCUCCUACUACCAAGAGGCCAAGAGCUCCAAGAUCAUGGACUCCUUCAAGAACAUGGUCCCCCAGCAAGCGCUGGUGAUCCGUGAGGGCGAGAAGAUCCAGAUCAACGCGGAGAACGUGGUGGUGGGAGAUCUGGUGGAGGUGAAGGGGGGUGACCGAGUGCCCGCCGACAUGCGCAUCAUCUCCUCCCACGGCUGCAAGGUGGACAACUCCUCGCUGACGGGUGAGUCGGAGCCGCAGACACGCUCCCCCGAGUUCACGCACGAGAACCCGCUGGAGACCCGCAACAUCUGCUUCUUCUCCACCAACUGCGUGGAAGGCACAGCCCGUGGCAUCGUCAUCUCCACGGGGGACCGGACGGUGAUGGGGCGAAUCGCCUCGCUGGCCUCGGGGCUGGAGGUGGGUCGCACGCCCAUCGCCAUGGAGAUCGAGCACUUCAUCCGCCUCAUCACCGGCGUCGCCGUCUUCCUCGGCCUCUCCUUCUUCAUCCUCUCCCUCAUCCUGGGCUACACCUGGUUGGAGGCCGUCAUCUUCCUCAUCGGCAUCAUCGUGGCCAACGUGCCUGAGGGGCUGCUGGCCACCGUCACCGUGUGCCUGACGCUGACAGCCAAGCGCAUGGCCCGCAAGAACUGCUUGGUGAAGAACUUGGAGGCAGUGGAGACCUUGGGCUCCACCUCCACCAUCUGCUCGGACAAAACCGGGACCCUCACCCAGAACCGAAUGACCGUGGCACACAUGUGGUUCGACAACCAGAUCCACGAGGCCGACACCACCGAGGACCAGUCAGGUGCCACCUUCGACAAGCGCUCGCCCACGUGGGCAGCCCUUGCGCGCAUCGCCGGGCUCUGCAACCGCGCCGUCUUCAAGCCGGGGCAGGAAAACAUCUCCAUUUCCAAGCGGGACACGGCGGGCGACGCCUCGGAGUCGGCGCUGCUGAAGUGCAUCCAGCUGUCCUGCGGCUCCGUCAAGAAGAUGAGGGACAAGAACCCCAAAGUCACCGAGAUCCCCUUCAACUCCACCAACAAGUACCAGCUCUCCAUCCACGAGCGCGAGGAGGACCCACAGAGCUACCUGCUGGUGAUGAAGGGGGCCCCUGAGCGCAUCCUGGACCGCUGCUCCCGCAUCCUGCUGCAGGGCCAGGAGGUGCCACUGGACCAGGAGAUGAGGGAGGCUUUCCAGAACGCCUACCUGGAGCUGGGGGGGCUGGGAGAGCGCGUCCUGGGUUUCUGCCACCUCUACCUGCCCCCGGACAAGUUCCCCCGCGGGUUCAGGUUCGACGCCGACGAGGUCAACUUCCCCACCAGCAACCUCUGCUUCGUGGGGCUGAUGUCCAUGAUCGACCCUCCCCGUGCCGCCGUCCCUGACGCCGUGGGCAAGUGCCGCAGCGCUGGCAUCAAGGUGAUCAUGGUGACUGGGGACCACCCCAUCACGGCCAAGGCUAUUGCCAAAGGAGUGGGCAUCAUCUCGGAGGGCAACGAAACCGUGGAGGACAUCGCUGCCCGCCUCAACAUCCCCGUCAGCCAGGUCAACCCCCGGGAGGCAAAGGCCUGCGUGGUGCACGGCUCUGACCUGAAGGACAUGACCUCGGAGCAACUGGAUGAGAUCCUCAAGAACCACACUGAGAUCGUCUUCGCCCGCACCUCCCCGCAGCAGAAGCUCAUCAUCGUGGAGGGCUGCCAGCGCCAGGGAGCCAUCGUGGCGGUGACAGGGGAUGGGGUGAAUGACUCCCCGGCGCUGAAGAAAGCCGACAUCGGCAUCGCCAUGGGCAUCGCCGGCUCCGACGUCUCCAAGCAGGCGGCUGACAUGAUCCUGCUGGACGACAACUUCGCCUCCAUCGUCACUGGUGUGGAGGAAGGCCGCCUGAUCUUUGACAACCUGAAGAAGUCAAUCGCCUACACCCUGACCAGCAACAUCCCUGAGAUCACCCCCUUCCUGCUCUUCAUCAUUGCCAACAUCCCCCUGCCCCUGGGCACCGUCACCAUCCUCUGCAUCGACCUGGGCACAGACAUGGUCCCUGCCAUCUCACUGGCGUACGAGGCGGCCGAGAGCGACAUCAUGAAGCGUCAGCCCCGGAACCCGCGGACGGACAAGCUGGUGAACGAGCGGCUCAUCAGCAUGGCCUACGGGCAGAUCGGGAUGAUCCAGGCACUGGGUGGUUUCUUCACCUACUUUGUGAUCCUGGCUGAGAAUGGGUUCCUGCCUGGCACGCUGGUGGGCAUCCGCCUCAACUGGGACGACCGCUCCACCAACGACCUGGAGGACUCCUAUGGGCAGGAGUGGACCUACGAGCAGCGCAAGGUGGUGGAGUUCACGUGCCACACGGCUUUCUUCGCCAGCAUCGUGGUGGUGCAAUGGGCCGACCUCAUCAUCUGCAAAACGCGCCGCAACUCCGUCUUCCAGCAGGGCAUGAAGAACAAGAUCCUGAUCUUCGGGCUGCUGGAGGAGACAGCGCUGGCGGCGUUCCUGUCCUACUGCCCCGGCAUGGGGGUGGCCCUGCGCAUGUACCCCCUCAAGGUCACUUGGUGGUUCUGCGCCUUCCCCUACAGCCUCCUCAUCUUCGCCUACGACGAGGUGCGGAAGCUCAUCCUGCGCCGCUACCCCGGCGGAUGGGUGGAGAAGGAGACCUACUACUAAGUGCUCGUGUGGCCCCCCGCCCCCCUCCCCACCCCUGCACCCCCAUACUAACCCCGGGGGCUGGUGCUGCUGGGCAUGGGGGGGUUCCAGGACCCUCCCCAGCCCUGGGGGAUCCAGGAGUGCUGGGGGACCACUCUCUGCUCCCUCCACGGGGCACCCAGCCUCCCACCCCCCC